UCUGCCGGGAAUUUUUUCGCGGGAGUUUUGGCUUCCGCAUGUCUCACUGAAAAUUUCAUCGAAAUCAUCAUCACGCUGGUCAGCAACUGAAAUUGAAAGGCAGUUCAACGAUGAGUGAGGACAACAUCCUAGAAACAACUCACCUAAAUGGGACCCAGAAUGAAGUGGUGGUUGGGAAGAGAGAGGACUAUCUGGAGUGGCCAGAGUAUUUUAUGGCGGUGGCUUUCCUCUCUGCCCAGAGGAGUAAGGAUCCCAGCUCUCAGGUUGGGGCCUGCAUCGUGAACCCAGAGAACAAGAUUGUGGGCAUCGGCUACAACGGGAUGCCCAACGGCUGCAACGAUGACCUUCUGCCCUGGGCUCGUUCCGCAUCUGAUCAGCUGGAUACGAAGUACCCCUAUGUGUGCCACGCAGAGCUGAAUGCAAUCAUGAACAAGAACUCGUCGGACGUGAAGGGCUGCACCAUGUACGUGGCGCUCUUCCCCUGCAACGAGUGUGCCAAGCUCAUCAUCCAAGCAGGUAUAAAGGAUGUGAUUUAUUUGUCAGACAAGUACCACAGCUCGCCAGAAAUGACUGCCUCCAGACGACUGCUUAACUUGGCGGGAGUCAAAUACAAGCAAUUUGUGCCGCGCCACAGCAAGAUUGUCAUUGAUUUUAAUUCAAUUAAUCACUCGGGAGGGAAGAGCCUGACUGGGUGAGUGCGGUCUCCUUGAAGAGGCGAUGGCGGCGGCGGCGGCUGGCUCUUUGACGGCCCUCUCCACAAGCUUUCCUCCCACUGCCACUACCACCACGGAUGGCCCUUGUUCUCCCCUACUCCACACAAUCAACGCCGCACAAUAGCGCCGCAUCAGAAGAAGCACCUCUGACUUUGAGACAGCGAGGAGUGUGUUUUGAUAUGUCCCUUUUAAUGCGCUGAUGCUCCAUUCAUAUGCUAAUAGGGUAGGGGUGGGUGAGAGAGAGAGAGAGAGAGAGAGAGAGAGAGAGAGAGAGAGAGAGAG